AGUGGCGCCGCUGCUAUAUGUAGGGCAUCGCAGCGGUGCUGCACUCUCAUCAUAAUCCCACACAGAUCAAGUGCUCAUCUUGAAGGCCAGGGAUGGCUUCCGAUUCCAAGUCUCUGCUUCUGAUUGGCGUCGUCCUGGCUUCCCUCCUCCUCGUCACCAAGGAUGUGGCUGCUGCUAGAAAUCACUUCAUCGAGGACAAGGAAUCUGAGGCAAAGAACAUGAAGAUUAAUGGUGAGGCUGAACUCAAUGAUGAGAAGGGGGCUCGCGGAUAUUACGGCGGCGGGUAUGGUGGUGGAUAUGGUGGAGUGUACGGCGGUGGCUAUGGCGGCUAUGUUCCUGGGCGUGGUUGGUAUGGUGGCGGGUAUGGUUACCCUGGCUUUGGCGGUGGAUACAGUGGUGGUGGAGGUGGCGGCGGUGGCGGUGGCUAUGGUAGUGGAUACGGCGCUGGCGGCGGUGGAUAUGGUGGCGGCGGUUAUCCUGGAGUAGGAUAUUAUGGUGGCGGAGGUGGUGGCAAGCAUUAGGAGCUAUAUGCAAGCAUUGUGCUUCAACAAUAUUACCUGUUACUGUGGUUCACUUGCUUUAGACAUGGUUUCAUGUUAUCCCUUUGGUAUUAAGUUCGUCUUGGUGCAAUGCUGUUAUAUCAUGUUGUAUUAUGCCAAUAUAUAUUUCAAAUAAAUGACAGCCCAAUUACUUUGGACAACA